AAGGGGAGGGGAGGGACCUUACCACCUGAUUGGAUCACCCGUUUGUGGGACGCGAGGAAACGGAUUAGAAGAAGAAGAAGAAGAAGAAGAGUCUCGUCACGAGUCUGACACACCAGCCACUGAGAGCUUUGCUACCAUUCAUAUCACAUCAGCCAUCGAUUCGACGAAAAUACAUGCAAAAUGAUGCGAAAGAUCAUUUGUCAAAACGCACUCCGCACUGCCGGCUAUAGUCGGUUGCUCACACACUUGAGCGCUUUUCCCAACUCAAAGAACGUGAAUGAGAUCGAGAAAAGGGAAAACCUCAAGAAAGCCAACCGUGUCGUGAUCAAGGUUGGCAGCAGCGUCGUCAUCAACCCCAAUGGCCAUCUGUCCCUCUCAAAGAUUGGCGGGCUUGUCGAGCAGCUGAGGAUCCUCAAGCAGCAAGGGCGAGAAGUUCUCUUGGUCAGCAGCGGGGCUGUCGGUCUCGGCCGAUGCAUCCUUGGAAUGGAGAAGGAUGUGAUAGCUGAUCCCGCAAACGUCAUCGACCGACAAGCUUGCGCGGCUACGGGACAAGAAAUGCUGAUGAGCACCUACUACUCCAUGUGCUCGGCGCUAGGCAUGGAGUGUGCUCAGGUGCUCCUCACACAGCAAGACUUCUCGUCUCCUCAGCGGUACACGUACCUGACGGAUACCAUCGAAAAGAUCAUGAAGCAGGGAAUGAUCCCCAUUAUCAACGAGAACGACGUCGUCACGGGUUGCCAGGAGUUGGACAAGGAGAGAUGCUUCAGCGACAAUGAUAUGCUGUCUGCUCUUGUUGCUGCGGGAGUUCAAGCCAACGCAGUCGCCAUCAUGACUGAUGUGGAUGGUGUCUACACCAGACCUCCGGAAAUUCAGGGAGCCAAGAGGAUUAGCUUGUUUUCUCAAGACAGCGACGUCAACAUCAGCAACAAGUCUUCUUUUGGGAGAGGCGGAAUGGCGUCGAAGAUUAGUGCUGCCAAGACAGCAGCCGAUGGGGGUGCAUGUGCGAUCAUUGCCAACGGCAGCAACAUCGCAAACGUCUCCAGAAUAUUUAACGGGGAGGUUGUGGGGACUUUGUUUCCAAGCGUCAAUGCUCCUCCGAGCAGAAUACACCACUGGCUUGCUUACGCCGCUACCUGCUCUGGCAAGUUGACAGUGAAGUCAUCAGCUAUGGCGAAGCUUGAGGACACCAAACAAGAGGCCCUGUUCAUCGACGACAUCCUUGGGGUGAAUGGAAUGUUCGGAGCCUCUUCGGCCGUGUCGCUCAUGAGUGAGAGGGGAGACAAGGAGCUGGCAAGAGGGCUUGUACAGUGCGGAGCAACAGAGAUUGAGAAGCAACUUGGGAAGCAUCUGUAUGACCUUGCAGUGAUGAAGAGCAGUGACAUGGUUGUUCGUGCCUAGCUCUAGUGAUUUGAUUGAUUGAACCCUUGUAUGUUAUUGUGACAUUACCGAGCAACUUGUAUCGAGAUUGCAGAAUCCGUGAUCAGAUGGAGAUCGAACAAGACGGAACCCUUUCUUGUUGUUUUUGUAUGGUCUGCUUGCAAGUGCUUACCUUUUCGUGUCAUCAAAGUGUAGAAAUAAAACGUUUUGCCUUUAC